ACCCAGGCUGUGAGCAUGGCACUUCCUAUGUUUCUAAUGCUUUGUGGCUUCUCUCUUGCCUCAUUUAGCCUCUUUGCAAAGGAGAAUCUGAACAGCAUGACUGAACAGCAGUUGAACCUCUAUGAUCGCCUUAUCAACGAGCCCACCAAUGACUGGGACAUUUACUACUGGGCAACAGAAGCUAAGCCCACUCCGGAGGUGUUUGAGAAUGAUGUCAUGGUGAUGCUGAGAGAGUUCACCAAGAACAAGAACAAGGAGCAGAGACUGCGGCAGCCGGACCUGGAGUAUCUCUUUGAGCCCCAACACUGAGGCACCUCCAGUCAGCUCUGGGAUCCUCUUCUCACCCCUGGCAGCAGAGGCUGAGGUGUCUCGACCUAUUUGGCAAACUGCAGUGCUGCUGCCCUGGCUCCUGGAAUCCUCCGCCGGGUGCCUGCUUCUCCCCCGAUUUCCAGCCCCCACCAAUUAAAGUUGCAAACACUGUCCCUGACAGUGGGAAUGUAUAUGUGGAUUUGUCCCAUUGUUGUGCAGGUGCAGCAGUUCACCCCAGACACUGGCAUUUUAUGUAUAUAGCUUCUCUCGCAUCUCGGUGCAAGAGAAAUAGAAGAUGAUCACAUCAUGACAAUG